AUGCUCUUAUCCACACUCGCUAUGCAACAUCAGCAAUGCAAAAAUGUGCUAAAUUAUGCUGCUGCUAAUCCUAAACUACUCAAUGAAACUUUACCAAAUGUUGGUCCACUUGUUAUUUGUGGCCUUCCACGCACUGGUUCAACACUACUUUACAAUUUACUCGCAUGCGAUCCCAAUUGUCGAGCUCCACUGACCACCGAUAUGCUUGGCGAAUGUAUUCCUCCGAUUCCACGUGCAAACGCCAUCGAACAUCAGAGACGAGCCUUCAUUAUCGAUUCAAAUCAACAGACAAUUGAGCAACAAAUAGGUCGGCCGAGAACCGUGUUCGAAUCGCAUCCGAGAUUUGAAACAGAAGAAGAUUUCAGAAUCUUAGAUCAAGCUGGCAUCGUUCUUCCACUCAUGUUUGUCAGUCCUGUAGAACAUACUGAGCUACAUGAUUGGUUCUACAGUGAGACAAACAAAGAUUUUGCCUAUGAUUAUCACAAGACGUUUCUCCGCAUUUUAAAUUCGGUCGAUACACCACGUUCUCAUUGGCUUUUGAAAUCACCCGAGCAUUCACUCUAUCUUGAUACAUUUCUGCGCUAUUAUCCAAACACGAAACUAGUGUUUACUCAUCGACGUCUUGAUGAUGUGAUUCCGUCGUACUGUCGUCUAGUAUGGGCAUAUGACAAUAUUUAUUUCGACGAAGCCGAUCCAGACAGUCAAGUCUUAUUGUCAGCACAAGCUCGACGACAUAUUGAUAAAAUGAUCGAACAUAUCAUCAAGUUUCGGAUCCAUCGAAGUCAAUCGAAUGAUGCACCGCAAAAUGAAAUUAUCGACAUUGCUUACGAUGAUUUAGUCCAGCAGCCGAUUCAAACUGUUCGAAAAAUCUAUGGUCAUUUUAACCUACGUUGGUCACAUCAGUUCAAAAUAAACAUGUGCAGUUGGCUUCGCAAUAACCCACAAGGCAAACAAGGUCGUCAUACAUACAGACGAAUGGAGCUUGACCUUACAACAGAUGCAGAUUCUGCAAAUCACCAUGCUGUUUACACGAAUUUAUUUCUUUGA